AAAUCAGCAAACACGUUUAUAAAUGAAUACCGAAUUCCAGAUACUAUUUUGAGUUACAUACGCUACAUUUAUCAGCUCAGCUUGUUUUCACUUUAAGAGUUUUGCAACUUCAAAUACAUGUCAUUAAGAAGAUCAAUGCCAAUUAAAAGAAUACCAAUACUUAUUCAGAAGACUUUUAAGUAUUGUUAGGUUCAAAGUCGAUUCCUUGAUAGAUCUUCACGUACCACAACACUAGCGCCCUGGAAUUUUUGCUCGAGAAUUGAGUAAGCGGUGCUGUUAGGAAUUGUGUGUUCCUAUUUAAUUAAACUGAAUUACUGUUUUAGGUAUGUAUAAUUUCUUGUUUUUCUAUAGUAAUAGAAUUAAUGCAUUGAAACGUUUUGAAUCAUUUAUUAUACCAUCAACUCUGCGGAAGAUUGUAAUACAUACAGGAUUGAAUAAUGUCUAAAAACUAUACUAAGAGCAAACCUCAAAAACAACCUCGUGCAGAGAGCUCUCAAAGCAAGCUCAAGAUGAAAAAACCACCAGAAAUACAUCAAAAUGAUCCCGGUAAAACUGUCACCCAAUCAAGACCAAAAAGAUCACCCAAGCAAUUAAAAAAUGUGGACAAAAACCCAGAAUACUAUCCAGAGAAAGUGAAACGCACCAAACCCGUCAAAAAGAUCAUAAUGAAACCAAAGAGCACUUUGAAAGUCAUCGGUGGGAUCAGAAAACGUAAAUUAGAGAAUCCCAUCAGAGGUUCGCAUUUGACUAUGGACUCCAAUUCUGAUUGGGAGGCCGAUAGGGCCAUUCAAGAAGCAGAGCUGGCCUGGAAUUCUGACGAGGAUCUGUUGGAGAUCCUGACUUGUCCUAGUCCAGUUUGGUGGGAAGAUCCACCAGAUGACCAAUAUUCUGAAGAUCCAAUACCCAUAAAGACUCGAUUAAACUCAAACAAAAGUAAAUCAAAUUGUUCGGGACAAAACAAGGAAACGAUCAAUUUAAAAAUAAACAUUGAUAGGAACAAUAAGAAAUUCAUCGAGAAGCGAUCGAAAUUGGAAAACAUUUUGGGUAACAUUAAAACUAAAGUUUGUAAUAGCGAAGCCGAUGUCAUCACAUCUGAAGAGGAGCCAUUAAUCUUCAAUGACGAUUUGGCAAAGGACUUCGAGAACAUCAAAAUCCCGAUCGCCGGUGAGGAUGCCGUAGGAAGUGCCGUACCCAGGAGCCUGCCGCCGUUGAAAAGGAGGCCAGCUAAGAACUCGCCCCAAGACAGCAUAUCGGAUAGGAACAUAACGUUUCUAGACGACUCCGACAUGAAAGCAACCGACGAUGUGACAGCUGUCAUUAAUGACAGAUGUCAAAGUGACGGCGUUAUGCGCGAGAUCGAAUCUAAUUUGGACGAAUUUUUAGACGACAGCUUGGUAACAAUCUACAAGAUUAUGUCGAACGAUAGAAAACAUAACCGAAUUGAAAAUAACAAUAAAGCUAACAAGAUCAAUGAGUAUUACAAGAAACGUAAGAACUCGAAGAUUUUAAAAAAGAAAAACACUAGUGCUCUAACUAAGAAGUGUGUGUACUGUAAAAUGGAUGUGAAACAUAUUAAAAAUAAUAGCGUUUGUAUGAUUUGCAAAAACAUAAUAGUGGACGCUUGUAAAUGUCAACCGUUGGUAUCGGGACUUCGAUAUUGUUCAUGCUCGACUACGUAUGCCUACAAAUGUAAGUUGUGCGAAUACACAACACUAGUUAUCGGUGAGAUGCGUAAACAUUUGAAUGUUCAUGAAAGUAGUAAGCCAGCUAUUAAGAGAUCAUGGAAGAGAUUCUGUAUUGCGGUUAAAAGAUGAGCCUUCCAAUUUUACUGCACACCGGAGCGGAGAGGCAGUCGAUGAGUUGAUAUUAGCGGAACAGUGGAUUGAUAUAUAAAUAUGGUUUACCGUUGAGACAUUAGGUAGGUCAAUCGUGUUCAAUAAUUCUAGCCAUGUUAUUUGUUUAAAAAAAAAUGUCAAACUUCAACUCUUUUAGUGCUGAGCUUAUUUUCACAUAUUUUGCAGGAAUUGUUAAACAAAUUUUUUAAAAAGUACUUUAAAAAAAUUACAGACUAAAUUCACAGCAAAAUAAUUUUAAAUGGUUAUUGUAGCCAAUUUUUAAUGGUUAUAAAUGUUAUUAACUCAUUGAGAACAUUAUACCGCGCUAAGACACGUCCGUACAGGUCGAUAAUCAAACUGCGCAAAUAAUCGGUAUUCCGACACUCCGCACUUUAUACAGAGUCUAUCUAUCGACGGUUCGCGCCCUAAGGGUUGAUAUGUAAAGAUAGAAAACUAUAAAUAUAAAGUUCCUAAUUUAUAAUGUCUCAUUAUAAGAAGUUAGGUUUUGUUGUGCAUAUUUAGCUUGCCUAUUUAUAAUGUAUGUAUAUUAUAUCACAGAAAUUUGUUUAGACCAGGAGGAACUUUUUUUAAUGCAGGCAGGCAUUCGGUCCACCUGAUGGUGAGUGGUUACCGUAGCCCAUCUAUACCAGGGGCAGAGCCAAGCCGCUGCUAACUAUGAACUUAGAUUUAACAUCCUCAAUUGAGAUCAAAUUUAAAUAGCAUUUUUUUUUUAUUGCUUAGAUGCGUCCUAACAUCUGUUUGAAUGUACUAAUUAAUAAAUUUGAAUGAAAUGUUAUAAGAGAUAUUUAGGUCAUUUUAGAUUUAUACAAAAUACAAUAUUAUAUUAUAAUUCAAGUUACUAUGAGCUAGUACUAAUUUGUCGUUUACAUUGAACCAGUGACUGGGCACAGUAGCUGGCUCCAGCUCUAACAAUCUCUGUGUGGCCGUGUUUGAAUGUAUUAAUUGUUAAAUUAAGAGUAUUUAUAACAAUAUGAUGGAAUGUAAUUUUGAAUUGGAAGACACGAGACGAGAGAGAUCGCAUGUUUUUAGAAAUCUCAAUGAAAUAAUAUCUUUUUACUAUCGACAAGUCGCGAGGUAUUCGAAAAUUGUACGUCAUACAUUGCGGAGUUUGCUGCUUGCGUGAUUUUACAAAUCAAUAUUUCUACAUUCUAUGCGCGUAUUAAUUGUCAAAAUCUUUACUUUUAUUAUCGAAUUAUUGAUUGUUCGGACUUGCAAAAAAGUCACUAAAGAAAUCGAUAGAUUUUGCGUUACAUUGACGGGUCGUUUCAUGUGUAAAUUUUAAAAUAAAAUUUGUUAAAUAUUUGGUAAUUUUUUUUGUUAAACUUUGACUUGAAAAAAUGUAAAUUAAGUCUUAAAACAUCGUUCGAUAAUCGAUUAUUUCUAAGUGUAGACUUUAAAAAUAUUACCGCCGACUGCUCUGCGUGUUAAGCCUAUUUUUUUUUUAGUUUACAUUAACUUUUAUUCAAUUCUAGUUGGUUUUAAAUGCCCAGUAUAAAUUAGUUAGCAAUUGGACCCGAAAGUUAAUUUUCUCGUGAAGCGGGUGGACAGAAAAAAGAUGUAUGGUGUCGUGGGACACCGGAUAGGAACGAAGUUCCUUAUUAUAAAAAUAUUAAUCUUAAGUUCUAUUCGAGGUAUAAAGAAAAUAAAACUGGAGGUUUCGCAACAACCCACGGUCAUUCGGUAACGUGCGCACUUAUUGUGGUACACUUUAUUCAAGAUUGUUUGCUUAAGAGUUAAUGUGUUGCGCAAACGAACGCUCUGAGAUCGUGGUCAAUGAAUGAUAAAAAAAGAUGUUAUUUUUUGUACGUUAUUAUAAAGUUAAGUCGUACACUGUGCAUUACUAGUAAAAAUCUUACGUUACGGACGUUUUUUCCCGGUUGGGGUACCUUUACGCAUCGUCCCUUAAGGAACUUCGUUCUAAAAAAAUGCAUUUUUAUUACAAACUGUUUUUUGUUCGAACUUUAUCGUAAUAUUAUUAUUGCUUGCAACCAAAAUGAACAUAAAUGUCUCAUUAAAUAAAUAUGUACUCUUGAAAGCAAGACUGAUCUUUAUUUUUAUUUUUUAUCGAUAAUGAAUUUGUUGUUUAGGGUGUAUGAGCGUAAAUAAAGCAUGUUGAGAAUUCUGA